AUGUCCCAGCGCGCAGAUGCCCAAGUUCUCGAUGAGGCUGCGUUUUGGGAUAGGCUUCCAUUUCCCUGGUGGUCAGGCACACACACUAUGGAGGAUCCCUCGCAAUAUGCUGAACAUCUUGUCAACGCUUUCGUUGGUUCGAAUGUCGCAGGUCCGAACUUGCAAGCAUGGACGGAUGAGGCGGAUGCAAUCUUCUUCUUGGACCUCGCCUAUACAGAUACCUGUGCAACAGAUGGCUGCGGUCGUGUUACAACUCCAGCCAUUGGUGCGAACUCCCUGUUCCAGAUCUCCCUUCCGGAGACUGGCACUAUUGACUUGGAUCAGGCCAUUAAUGACACCAUGAGCGACACUACUGAAAAGAACUGCGACAAUUGCUCUCCAGCAGCAAGCGUCAUGCAUAAUCGGGUUGCGCAAAUUGAAGCUGCACCCCAAGUGCUCACCAUGCAGCUAAGACUGCAUCAAAACGUCCUUACAAAAAAGAAGGAUAAGAAAGGAAAACCCAUUGCUAGACUCUUCAAGGUCGACACUGUUGUCAAUCUUCGGAAAACCCUCGACUUGACUCGCCAUCAGACCAACAAGAGUGUGCCGCUCAAAUAUCGACUCCAGGCGGUGACAAGUCAUUCUGGGACCACCCUAAACGCCGGACAUUAUAUGGGUCAAGUGCGGACAUCAAACCGCACCUACAAAACGAAUGACCGUCGAGUGACGCAGACAGCGCCGUCUAUCUUGACCGAGUGGCCGCAACAAUGGCCCGGUAGAACCAUGGAUGAUGUCAGGCGCAAGAUCCCCGCGACAAGAAAGAGAUCGGAGGAGUUUACUCCAUAUGUGUUAACAUGGGUUAUGACUUCGGGAAACUGA